CCCCACCCACCCCCUUGCAUCUUUUUCCGCCUCUGCCUCCUUCUGCAUCUUCCGACUCUUCUACCCUUUCCUUCUGGAGUUGAGAAAAUAGUUCUAUCCCUUCCACUUCUUUCCCCUGCAAGGAGAUUUUUCAUCUGCAACUAUUUUGUUUUCCUUCCCUGGUGGCUUUGAUUUAUUCUUGGGGUUUUCCUCGCCACUGCCGCUGUUGCUGCAAAACAAUUUUAACUUUUUCCCCCCAAGAAGAAGACGCUUCCACAAGGAGGACAGAUGUGUGUGUGUUCUUCGUGGCUGGCUUGAGAGGGGAGGGGAUGUUGGAUGGUUUGAGAUGGCAAUAUAGCCUAAGGAGACACCUCCCUGAAGCCUUUGGUUGUGCAACGACGGAUUGUCAUAAAGGGAAGCUGCAGUGGAAUAACGGCAGUGUUCAAUCACUCCUUGGCAUGCUUCUUGUAUCCUCGGUGUGGGGACUGCCAGAGAUGUUGCAGACAAUUUACGAAACUGAAUCGUGUUUUUCUUCAGAUGGAGUUUCUGGACACGAGCCAUCGCUGGAACUCCUGUCACGGGCACAGAUCCACGCCAUACCUGUGGCAGCUGUGGACUUGAAACCGGUACUUCCUGUGGUGAUGCAGAGCUCUUGCAACAGCAGCAGCAGCAGCACCAGCCCGGUGGACUUGCGGAUGGAUGCCCGGCCCAGCGUGCCCGCUGUGGACCCAGCCGUCCGGGAGCAGCAGCUGCAGCAGGAACUGCUGGCCCUGAAGCAGCAGCAACAUUUGCAGAAGCAGCUGCUCUUUGCCGAGUUUCAGAAACAGCAUGAGCACCUCACGCGGCAGCACGAAGUCCAGUUGCAGAAGCACCUCAAGCAACAGCAGGAGAUGCUGGCAGCAAAACGCCAACAAGAACUGGAGCAGCAGCGUAAGCGAGAACAGCAGCGGCAGGAAGAGCUGGAGAAGCAGCGGCUGGAGCAGCAGCUACUUAUUUUACGCAACAAGGAGAAGAGCAAAGAGAGUGCCAUUGCCAGUACCGAAGUGAAGCUGAAACUUCAGGAGUUUCUUCUCAGCAAGUCUAAAGAGCCAGCAACAGCAGGCGGCUUGAACCAUUCCCUCCCUCAGCACCCCAAAUGCUGGGGGGCUCAUCAUACCUCAUUGGACCAGAGUUCCCCUCCCCAGACAGGAAGCCCAGGAACACCACCCUCUUGUAAACUACCUUUACUCGGCACUUACGACAGCAGAGACGACUUUCCACUCCGGAAAACUGCCUCAGAACCCAACCUAAAAGUGCGCUCACGGUUAAAACAGAAGGUUGCAGAGAGGCGGAGCAGCCCCCUGCUGCGGAGGAAAGAUGGGACCGUCAUCAGCACCUUCAAAAAGAGAGCAAUUGAAAUUACAGUGUCUUCAAUGUGCAGCAGUGCCCCUGGAUCUGGACCCAGUUCCCCGAACAGCUCCAACAGCGCCAUCACAGAAAACGGGCUUACCGGCUCAGUGCCCAAUAUUCAUACUGAGAUGCUGCCCCAACACCGAGCUGUCACCAUGGAUGGGUCAGCUAGCCAGCUCAGCUUGUACACUUCCCCGUCUCUGCCCAACAUCUCCUUAGGACUACAGGCUACCGUCACGGUGACAAAUUCACACCUCAGCGCCUCCCCGAACCUUUCUACGCACCAAGAAGCUGAGCGCCAGGCCAUCCAGUCGUUGCGCCAGGGCGGGGCCUUGACCAGCAAGUUCCUGAGCAUGUCGUCCAUCCCCAGCUGCCUUCUGGGAGUGGCCCUCGAGGGCGAGACGAACAACCAUGGCCAUGCUUCCUUGCUCCAGCACGUCCUCCUCCUGGAACAGGCUCGGCAGCAAAACACACUAAUCGCUGUUCCUCUGCACGGCCAGUCUCCUCUGGUGACAGGGGAGCGUGUCCCCUCCACCCUGCGGACGGUAAGCAAGCUACCUCGACACCGCCCGCUGAGCCGCACCCAAUCGUCGCCGUUGCCCCAGAGCCCUCAAGCGCUGCAGCAUUUGGUUGUGCAGCAACAGCAUCAGCACUUCCUGGAGAAGCAGAAACAGCAGCAGAUCCAGCUGGGAAAGAUCAUCACCAAGACCGGAGAGCUUCCGCCACCCCCCACCACCCACCCGGAAGAGACCGAAGAGGAGCUGACAGAGCAACAGGAGCCCUUGGGCCUAGGCCUCAGCCACGGGCCCUUUCUGGUGGACGGGUCAACAGAGAGCGAGGGCACACAGGAUGACCUGGAAGAGGAGGAGGAGGAGGAAGGAGGUGGAGGAGGAGAGGAAGAGGAGGAAGAGGAGAGCGUGGUGGAGGAGCAGGGCUGUCUCCGAUUGAAGGACGAAGCCGGGGAGAACAGGCUCGAAGAAGAGCAGGAGGUUGAGGAGCUGGGAGUGACUUACAGGCAGGUAUUUGCAGAUGCACAUCAGCUGCGGCCCGUUCAUCUCUACCAGACGCCCCUGAGCAUCGGCACUCUGCCCCACCAAGCCCUCGGCCGCACUCAGUCGUCACCUGCCAGCACUAGCCUGAAGAGCAGUACAGCUGAGCCGUCGGUCAAGCACCUUUUCACUACAGGCUUAGUUUAUGACACUUUCAUGCUGAAGCAUCAGUGCACAUGCGGAAACACUAAUGUUCACCCAGAGCAUGCUGGGAGAAUCCAGAGUAUCUGGUCCAGAUUACAGGAGACAGGGUUGCUAAGCAAGUGUGAGAGGAUUCGAGGUCGGAAAGCAACAUUGGACGAGAUCCAGACAGUGCAUUCGGAGCAUCAUACGUUACUAUAUGGAACCAGCCCGCUUAACCGGCAAAAGCUCGACAGCAAGAAAUUGCUAGGUCCCCUUACGCCGAAGAUGUAUGCCGUCCUCCCAUGUGGUGGAAUCGGGGUUGACAUUGACACAGUGUGGAACGAGAUGCACUCGUCCAGCGCGGUCCGCAUGGCUGUUGGCUGCUUGGUGGAGCUGGCCUUUAAAGUGGCGUCUGGGGAGCUUAAGAAUGGAUUUGCUAUUAUCCGGCCACCAGGUCAUCACGCAGAAGAAUCCACAGCCAUGGGCUUCUGCUUCUUCAACUCCGUUGCCAUUACUGCCAAGCUCCUCCAGCAAAAGCUUGCCGUUAGCAAAAUCCUCAUCGUGGACUGGGAUAUCCAUCAUGGCAAUGGCACCCAGCAGGCAUUCUACAGCGACCCCAACGUGCUCUAUGUUUCUCUGCACCGCUACGACAAUGGCAAUUUCUUCCCAGGCAGUGGAGCUCCUGAAGAGGUUGGCAGCGGGAUGGGUGUAGGUUACAACGUCAACGUUGCCUGGACUGGUGGAGUGGACCCUCCCAUUGGUGACGUGGAGUAUCUGACUGCCUUCCGGACUGUGGUGAUGCCAAUAGCCAAUGAGUUCUCCCCAGACGUGGUCCUCGUUUCUGCUGGCUUCGAUGCUGUGGAGGGACACCUGUCUCCAUUGGGUGGAUAUUCUGUCACGGCCAAAUGUUUUGGGCACCUGACCAAGCAGCUGAUGAAGCUGGCGGGUGGGCGUGUCGUCCUGGCGCUGGAAGGAGGUCACGAUCUGACAGCCAUCUGCGAUGCCUCCGAAGCCUGCGUUUCCGCCUUGCUUGGCCUUGAGCUGGAACAGAUGGAUCAAGCUCUGUUGCGGCAGAAGCCCAAUGCAAAUGCUGUGGCCACACUGGAGAACGUCAUUGAGAUCCAGAGUAAGCACUGGAACUCGGUGAAAUGCUCUGCAGCAAUGGUCGGCUGCUCCUUGCUGGAGGCCCAGAAGGGUGAGGCAGAAGAGGCCGAGACGGUCAGUGCCAUGGCGUCGCUGUCAGUGGACACAGAGCAGGGCAAAGCAGACAGUGAUGUCCGGCCAGCAGAAGAGCCAAUGGAGGCAGAGCCCGUGUUGUGAAGUGCCAAGACUUUGAUUUGUGUAGCUGUCACUCUGUGGGUUAAUUGGUAAUUCUGUGAGUCCAUUUAAAAAAA